UACAGCUGGAGGAGCUUCACUGCAAAGCAAUCAGGUGUGUAUUCAGGUAUGACUUCCUCUUGAAGGACUGGCAGACACAGAGCUUACAAUGGGAGGAGUUCACUGCAAAGCAGGCAGGUAAAUACACCGAUACGUAAUCCUCUUCUUCAACAAUAACAGACAGAACUUACAGCUUGAAGGGCUUCACUGCAGAGCAAUCAGGUGAGUAUUCAGGUAUAACUUCCUCUCGAAGGACUAGCAGACACAAAGCUUACAAUGGGAGAAGUUCACUGCAAAGCAGGCAGGUAAAUACACAGAUACAUAAUCCUCUUCUUACUUCUUAGAACGUGACAGAAAGCUCAGGUAAGUAGUGGACACCCGGCGGGUUUAAGUUCACACUUCACACAUCAAACAGUGCAUCACAUCACUUCAUCACUGCAAUUCAACACUCAGUGGGAAAUACAUAUAUAAAUGGCCGUCGCCCAGUUCAGACCUGGCAUUCACGUCAGGAAAUCCCAUAAACAAGGAAGAGGAUGGAGAUCAAUGGAACUACUCACAGUCUCUCCCAAACAAUCUUACUGUCCAGCGAUUUCCUCCUUCCGAUUGAGUCAACGUGCUCUCUCUCCCAAACUCACAAUGCCGUGCCUGAUUGCCAGUCCCACUUCCUCUUCUCCACUGCUCACUUUUCCUCCGAGAUUCACAGUCCCCCAAACAAAAGAAACAAAAAAAACGCCCCCUUUAGUGCAUCCUCUCUCCUUUUAUCCUACCCUAAGGGCAACGUGUCCCAAUGUGCACCGCUGCCGGCAAUCUUCACUAAUCACCCCAUUCGCGGGGAUUUUUCGCUAAACCGGAACUAGCCCGGUGUUCCGUUGUUAUUGGUCCGGCGGGAGGCAAUCGCGGCGAACAUUAGUUCCGCCUUGACAGUUGGAAUUUUUGUCACCUCGUGACAAAAACAUACAGCAGUGUGUAAGUUCUGCAACGCAACGCUUACUGAGACGGCUGGGAAGACGUCAAACUUCUAUCGACAUUUGGAAAGGAAGCAUAAAGAAAGGUUCUUGGAGUACAAGGCAGGGCAACAGACAGAUGUCACACAGCCAACUAUAACGUCGUCGUUUACACAGAAAGUGCAGGUGUACAGCCUACAUUCACCAAGACAACAAGCCAUCAGUAAAGCCAUUAUCCAAGAUUUGAUAAUUGGGUGUUGUCUGCCACUGUCACUUGUGGAAAAUGGACAUUUUAAACACUUUCUUGAGAUUAUGGACAAUAAGUACACACCAAUCUCUAGAAGAACAAUUUCUGAGAAACAGAUACCAGUGUUGGUAAGGACAGUCAAGGAAACUGUUUUAAAGAAGCUGGAGACCCAGUCAUCUGUUUCUUUAACAACUGAUCUCUGGUCUGAUCGCAAGCUGCGCUCCUUCCUUGGAGUGACUGCCCAUGUGUGCAACAAAUCGAAGGAUUCAGAUUCCUAUGCACUCGAAUCGUACUUGCUGGACUGUAGGCAUUUUACAGGCAGACAUAGUGGGGAGCGAAUUGCUUCUGCCUUUGAGGAGAUCACAGAGGAAUAUGGUAUACGUCAGAAGAUAAGUUAUAUCAUCACAGACAAUGCUGCUAAUAUGAAAUGCGCUUUCAAAGUUUACAUGCCACAACAACAGUCUGAUGACAGUGAGAGUGAGGAGGAGAAUCUAGAUGAUGAACACUUGUGGGAGGACAUGAAUUUAGUGGAAGACACAGAAUUACCAUGGUCAUCAGGUGAAUGUCUUUCCUGCUUUGCCCACUCUCUGCAGUUAGUUGUGAAUGACGGCAUGAAGGAGGUAAGGGCCAUUUCCCGCACCAUAGCCAAAACAUCACGGUUCACGACGCUGUUACAUAGCAGCUCACAAUUUAAAGAAAAGUUUGAGGCUAUGUUUGACUCUAAUAAGACCAUUCCAGCAGCAAACACCACUCGCUGGAACAGCACGUUCAAACAAGUACAGGCCCUCACAGCUCUGGACCACAAAUCUCUAAAUGAAAUGUGCAGUAAGGACUAUGAGAAUGUGAUGUUUAGUGCUUGUGAGUGGAACCAGCUGAAGGAACUGAGUGCAGUUCUUGCUCCAUUCUCUGAGGCAACAGACCAGACAGAAGGGGAUAAAUCAGUUACCAUCAGCAUGGUGGUUCCAACUGUCCUGCACUUGAAUACACACCUACUCAAGAUGGAGUAUACCAGAAUGCAGUGCCGGCCAUUAGUUAAGGCCCUCCGUCAGUCUCUGGUGAAAAGAUUCUCUGGAAUCUUUACCAAAACAAACAUGGCCAAAGAGAGUGGAGGAGAGGAACCUUUUAGCCACAAUGUGUACUUCUUAGCUACCAUGCUGGAUCCACAGUUUGGCUUAAGUUGGGUGGAUCUGGAUGUUAACAAUGGGGGAAACUCCGAGAUGAACUGAAGAAGACACUAACAGACACUUUGAUCUCAGAGGUGGAGAAAAUAAGCAGUGAAGGAGAAGCAACUGACUCAGAGGCCAUGAAUGUGGAUCCACCCAGUGAUUCGCCACCAGUCAAAUUCCCGCAUCUUCUGUCCCGCUACAAGGCUCACAAGAAGCGCAGCUCAACAACCCAGGAUUCAAGUAUUGAAACACAGAUAAGCAAAUACUUUGACGUCAUCCAUGAUACAGAUACUGACACUGACAAUGCACUCUCCUUCUGGGCCAAAAACCAUGACAGAUACCCUCAACUCCACAAUCUGGCCAUGAAGGUGCUGUCGGUCCCUGCCUCCUCUGCACCAGUGGAGAGGGUUUUCAGUAGAGGGGGCAUUAUAAUGAGACCCCAUCGUGCACGUUUGGGUCACAAAAUGUUGCAGUCUCUAAUUUUUCUUAAAUGUAACCAAACACUACUUUAAACAAAUUUCCCAUUGAUCAUAUUUGAUUUUUUUUUUUUUUCGUUAACUAUAGCUUUAUGUUUAUCCUUGGUGGCGAGCUUGUUAGGAGUGUUUUGCCACUGCAGUUCAUUCAGGUUUGGCAUAUAAUGUCAUCAAUGUUUAAGGUUCUCCCAAUUACAAUUUUUGUAAUUUUAUGGCUGAAACACCUGCAUUGUGUUAGGUGGAUGGCAAACCAUGGAAAAGGAGUUCUGAAUAAAUGGUUAAGUUAAUUUCAGCUCUUAAGUGUUUGUUCGCAUUUAUUUGCUUAUAGAAGAAAAAGAUAAAUUCCCACAUAACUGCAAUGCCUUUUGAUUAUUUUAUCAAAACUUCUCUCUUACACACCCACACACACAAGAGAAGUGCCAAUAGUAUGCAUAUUCCUCAUUUUAUCAUAAGUGUGUCAUGCAGUGUGGGGACUUGCACUGGUCUUGGUCUUGACUCGGUCUCGGCUUGUCUUGGUCUUGGUCUUGACUUGGUCUCGACCCUUCAAAGUCUUGGUCUUGUCUUGGUCUCGGUUUAGGUGGUCUUGACUACAACACUAACUGUUGGUAAAUUAAGGAUCAUUUGUGUUGGAUAAAAAGUGAGUUAACUCAUCAUCAACAUGUAAAUGUAGUAUUGAGCACAUAAAUCUCAGAGGAAACUUGAGUCUUGUACGGAUGUUACAGGGACAGGUGAUCACGUGUGUUUAUCCGGUGGAGAGAGGCUGAUGAAGGAAUGAUGGCAUCAAAGGC